CGGGCACCGCGGAACCGCGGAGCUCUCUGGAACCCCCAAUCGCGCUCGUAGUAAUUCCUCAGAACCGGAGCCCGGGGCUGCGCUGAGCCUGUUCCCCGGGUUCUGCUCAGCGCUCGGAGCUGCCGCCUGGGCUGAGUCAGUGAAAUGCUUUUGAACACGUGUUGCUGCAGCGGCACUGAAAUUCUGCCACUGCUGCGGGGCCAUUUGUGAUCUGUGAAACACAACAAAGCUUUUCUGAGCCGUUUGUAGAAUAAAAUUUGGGUAGGAAACAGCUUGGCAUUUAUUUCAUCCGAGGCUUUCUCAGUGCCCAUCAUCCGGAUGGGUAUGUACAUAACAGCAGGUGACUUAAUGGAACGACUUAAGCUGCUCACUGAGUGCUAAGGGGAUGUUGGGCCUCGCUGCCUUUGCAUGUUUACCAAAAUUCGUAGGGUGGUUUUCUCUGUGUCUGACUUUUACUGAUAAAGAUCUGCUGGGCUGGCACCAGGCCCCAGCAGAUAGAGCAGAGGUUCUUGCUGAGACCAGAGACAGCCAGGGCACUGCUCUGUGUGACUGCAGGGGGAACAGCUGAGAGCCCUUUGGGGGAAGCCUCUCCCACUCCCUGUGUGCUCAUGGUGUCACCCACAGGCUUGCAGAAUGACCACAAGGCCGUGAUGAAGCAGGUGGAGGAAGCUCUGCACAAGCUGCACGCCCGGGAGAAGGAGAAACACGCCAGGGAUGAGGCAGAGGCCUUGGCCGAGGCCAUGAGCCAGAGCCAGAGCCUGCCCCAGGCCUUUGCCAAAGUGAACUCCGUGAGCCCCGGCUCUCCCGCCAGCGUCUCGGGACUUCAAGUUGAUGAUGAGAUUGUGGAGUUUGGAUCUGUCAAUGCAAACAACUUCCAGAACCUGCAGAACAUUGCCACGGUGGUGCAGCACAGUGAGGGGAGACCCCUGAGUGUGACGGUGAUCCGUGGGGGCAGAAGGGUGCACGUGGGGCUGACUCCAAAGCGCUGGGCCGGGAAGGGCCUCCUGGGCUGCAAUAUCAUUCCUUUACAAAGAUGACCAUGGCUGGGAGAACAAUAAAGCUGAAGCUUGUUCCUGCUUUCUGGACUCUGAUCUGGUUUGAAAACGUGAUGUUGCUGUGACCUCUGGUGCCUGGAGGGUUCUGGCAGAGUUCUGCAGUUCAGAAUUGCACUGGUUGUCAGGAGGAACCUGCAGAGCUGCAAGAUGUGGCUUCCCAUCUCUUCCACCUUGUCUCAAUUUAGAAUAAGGCUCUAGAGAGACCCAAAUCCCACUUGAUACAUGCUCCAAAGAGCUUGAAAUGCUAUUUUUUGUUGAUAACAGAGCAUUCCUUUUUUCUCCCCUUUAAAACUCCUCACUGAAUAUAAUGUAAUAUAUGCUAAAAAGUCCUAGAGCACUUUUUGAUGCCUGUCAUAGUAGAUGACAGACAAGAGAUGUGCAAGUUUGAUACUUCAUCUUCCCCAUAUUGCCACAACUUUUAAAGUCACUGAACAUGCUGAAAGGACUUUUGGAAUGCCCAGUUAUUUAACACAAUGAGGUAAAGAAUAGGGGUUAUAAUUCUACUUUUGGAACUUCUAGUACUUUAUGUAGUCAUGAUAAGAAGACUCCUAGCUUCUCUCUCUAUUUUCUUUUAAUUUUUAAAAAAAUUGUUUAUUUGCAGGAGUUGAUUUUGGGGUGUUUUCCUGGUUCCAGCCAGGACAGGGUUCACCUUUUUGUGCCCCCCAUUCUCCUCCAUCCUGCUGCAGGAGCAGUGGGUGGCACAGGGUCUGGGGUGUUUUCAGAGGGAACACUAAAUUGGGGAACACCAUUCCUAAACCACCACAGGUGCAUAAACUCUUGGAAGGAAUUCUGGGAAUUACUGGAUUGUUUAAAGCUUAUUUCCAGCUGAACUUUCAGAAUAGUCUCCCAAAACAAUAAAACUGAGUAUUGCCUCUC